GGCCACAACUUGCAGCAGUUCAUACUGGGACAGCAAAAUGUUUGGUCACCUAACUGGCAUUUCGGUAAUCCUCGUCGUCAGUGCUAUUAUCAGCCUGGAUGGGCUUGAAGCCGCACAGCUAAGGUUUCCUGGCCCCGCCAGAGGAAGAGCGUUACCGCUGAUUCUGCAGAGACAGGAGCAGGCACCCUAUCCACCAGCGGGCUUGGUGCCGGAUCCACCAUUCGACCUGCCCACAGAGGAGGCUGUGGAGUUUCCACCACCGGAUCAAACCUAUGGGCCACCAGCCGAUACCUACGGACCACCUGCAGUGGAAGAAGUCGCCGAGGUUUAUGGGCCUCCAGACCAAACAUAUGGACCCCCAGAUCAGACCUAUGGACCCCCGGAUCAGACCUACGGUCCACCAGAAGAGCCAGCCAACGAUGAGAGCUCCAACACGGGUUUGCCGCAAAGUGCUGCCAUCAUAGAUUUGGCCAGCCUGCCUUUGCCGCCUCAGGCUCAGUACGUUCUUCCGCUGCUAAACCGAUUGUCGGCCUUCCGUCCACAGCGUCCGGUUCUCUUGACGCCGCAACGUCGUCCUGCCAAGCUAACUGCUCGGCCACAACCCAAGCCGGCAAAGAUUGUUAACGCUGUCAAGGAGAGCUCUCUUUUCCAAUCGACGCCGUUGGCUCUGCCCUUCGUGGACCGCCGAGUCCCUUUCCGGCCGGCUCGUUUGAUAGUAAAUGCUCCCCAGCGCAGAAGACCCAUCAGUCACUAAAGGACAAAAUUAUUCCAUUACCAUUCUGACCCAGUGCAGAAUGACCCAAUGUUAAGCAUUACACUGUAAAUAAAGGUUGUUGUUUAUGUCUAAUUUG